AUGAUUAGCCAACUGCGACGGUUGGGAUCUCAAAUGGUUCUUGGACCAUUAUCUAAAUCAAGUCGAUUAAAUAGGAGUGUUUUAAAUGAUUCUUCAAAUAUUUGUUAUGGAUCGACAUUUGUGGGGUUGCAUCCAUUAUUGAGAAAGAGAACCGAACAACUGGUUGAGGAGCAUAAGGUUUUGACAAAUGAAAUGGCUGAAGGGGAUAGCUCGUCAUUUACACCUGAAAAGUCGACCCGAUUUUCUAAGUUGAAUCAACUGGUUGCAGAAUACGAUCAGUAUCUUUCUGCCGAAACAGAAAGAAAAGAAUUAGAGAGUCUUCUAGAAGAUCCACAACUUAAGGGUGAUGCUGAAACAGAAAUAGAGGCCUUAGAUGAAACUCUUGAAAACCUUGCACAGAAUCUCCAGGGUCAGAUUUUACCACAAAAUCCAUUUUUGGAGCGAGGAACAAUUUUAGAAUUAAGACCAGGAGUAGGUGGAUCAGAAGCCAUGAUUUUCACGCAGGACCUGCUUAACAUGUACCAAAACUAUGCUAGCAAAAAACGAUGGUCCGCACAAGUUCUUUCAAUCAACGAAACAACGACAGGUGGAGUGACAGAAGCAAUUUUAAGUGUGGAUCAACCGGGGUCUUACGCAUUUCUUCAAUAUGAGGGUGGUGUCCACCGAGUACAAAGAAUUCCAUUAACCGAAACUAAAGGGCGAGUACAUACGUCUACAGCAGCAGUUGUUGUUUUACCUCAAAUGAAUGAUAAUGAUACUAGUGGUAACAGUGACGAAGCUGAGCGAACCUUUGCAGCUGGAGAGGUCCGAAUUGAUGUAAUGAGAGCACGAGGUGCUGGAGGUCAACACGUUAAUACAACUGAGUCGGCAGUUCGAUUGACUCACGUUCCAACUGGCAUUGUUGUUGCAAUGCAAGAUGAAAGAUCACAGCAUAAAAACAAGGCCAAGGCAUUUAUGAUUUUGCGAGCCAGAAUUGCAGAAAGAGAACGAAUCGAAGCUCUUGAGCGAGAGAAAAGCAAGCGUACAUCCCAAGUAACAACAACUCUGAGAUCAGACAAGAUUAGAACAUACAACUAUGUGCAAAACCGACUUACGGAUCAUCGGUGUGGUCAUACGUCCUAUCAUCUUGCAGACUACGUUGCAGGAGAUCCAGAAACCUUUGACGAUAUUGUCAAGGUGAUGGACAAAUAUACUAAAGAGGAAAGCUUAAAAGAUAUGAUUGCUGAAGAAAAUGAGAAGAGAAAUUGA